AUGAUCAAACCGACCGGCAAGAACCUGCCCAGCAUAUUUCGAAAACCAAGAGAGCGACUAGACAUCGAAUGGCAAUCGCUCAAACGGAGAACGAUGGAUAAAUUUGGUCUGAUAACGUGGAAAUUUUUCCUGAAAGGCUGGAAAUCCAGACCACGCCCGAAGCUCGAGCGGAGAGCCCUUGUCCCCCUCGCAAAAGACUACCACAGCCAGAUCUAUACAGCAUUUGCCGCCCACGACACCCCCACCAUCACCCGCCUCUGCUGCUCCGGCCUCGCGGCCGACUUCCGCGCCCGCAUGUCCCACCGCGCCCUCGGCACCCACGUCACGUGGUCCCUCGCCUCCUACACCGCGUCGCCCAAGAUCGUCUCCAACCGCGCCUCCCCGCUGCCGGGCCUGCAGCGCUCGGGCGUGCGCCAGGUGGUGGUGCGCCUCGCGUCUAAGCAGAUCCUCGCCACCUGGACCGACGAGCAAGCCCGCGCCGCCGUGCCGGCGGAUGUGGAGACGGUGGAGAGCGAGGUGACGGAGUACUUGGUGUUGCAGCGGCGGAUGCUCGAGGGCGUCGAGGAGGCGUGGAUGGUGUGGGGGUUUGCGGAAGAGUCGACGCCCGAGGUCAGGAGGAGGGACGAGAAGAUGACGAGGGAGUUGGAGGAAUAUCAGAGGGCGCAGAGCUCGUUGCAGGCGUAGAGACGUGGGCGUGGGCCUACUUGAUGCUCGAUUAGAGGUAGAUC